AUUGAAUUGCUCUACGCAUUGUCAUAUGUUUUUUAUUCUUUCACGAGCCAAACUAAUUCCAUCUUGGCCACUCCACUAAGUGUCUUAAGAUUUAGCACUGAAUGCUCAGAUUCUUCCACAACUCCCUUCAUUCGAGAGUAUAGUAUAGGUGGUUGGAGUUUUACAUUUGCAUUGGAUAACGGACUGAUUUUUGAUACUCUAACAUUGGCAGAUAAGGAUGUAAAGGCACCUAAUGUGUUUGAGAGAGUUAAAGAAGAAUUUGAGGCAGUGUUGCAUAGUGAAAAACACUCACAUCACCAUCACAAGGAAACUCACGGGCUGCGUAAGGAUAUUGAUAAGAACACACCAAUUAGUGAUGUGAAAGCACCUAAUGUCUUUGAAAGAGCCAAGGAGGAAAUCGAGGCUCUUGUUCAGGCAAUUCAUCCUAAAAAGGAAGAUCAUUGUCAUGGUUCAACUUCGGACGUCGACAAAAGGACUAAUGGGACGACGGCUGAGUUGAAGACACAUAAGCCAGAUUCUCUUUCAGAGAACAAAGAAAAGGUGCAUAAUCACAAUGAAAGGGUCGAGGAAACGACAGGAGCACAUUUGCCCGGACAAAAAUCUCCACGUCUUCAUCACAAAGAAACUCACGGAAGGAGUGAUGAUAUUGAUGAAAAUACACCAAUUAGUGAAGUUAAAGGUCCAAAUAUAUUCGAACGAGCCAAGGAAGAAAUCGAGGCACUAUUUCGCUCAAUUCAUCCAAAGAAAUAAUCUAGCAGUGCUAUUCAAAGAAGGAAAAUGGAUUUGGACAUUGAUCUUGAAAGCUUGGCAAAAAAAAAAAUCUUACCUCAAGGUCACGAGAGAUUGGUUUUGGUGGAGUUUUAAUUGUUUUUACUCUUUGAUUCACAAUGAGUUACUUCUGUUGUAUAUAAAUUUGUGUUGAGAUACCCAAUUUUUCCUGCUUCUUUUAAUCUUUUUUCUGAAAUUUUUCUCUUAUUUCCAUAUUUGCUUGGGUGUAUCUUUUAUCAGUGGAUGUGUAUCCGUACAAAGUUUCAUGAUGUAAUGCCUUAUUUUGCGACUUUCAUCCCAAAAAUAUAGAUGUGAGGUGUUUGUGCAUGCAAAAUUAGUAAUUCUCACUACUCUUGUGAGACAAUUUGAU